AUGGCGACCGUCGAAUGCUCGGGCAGCAGCCCUUCUGCGGCCAUCGUUGUCGACGAUGAUCACACUGCUGAAGAUCAGGCAACGGCUGAUUUCCAGCGCAGAAUAAACGCAUACCAGCCGCAAGGAGGCAGGAACAAUUCUGUUAUCACAAUCUGCAGCGACUUUGAUGUGCUAGAACAAGAAGAAGAAGAUCUUGCCGACAAGGAGCUCAAGAACCUAAUUGACCUUACUGUCGAUGAUUAUCCGAUCAUCCAUGUUCGUAGAAGACGUCGCCAGGCGCCCCGUGCCAAGGAUCCAGAGCGUCGUCACGAGAACAUCAAGAUUGGCGACUUAUCCAUCAAGCUCAACAGGCUGUACGAGCUCGAUCCCGCGCAAUGCGUCAAACCGGCACUGGAGCCACAGUUCAUCUUGGUGAAUUCUAUCACUGAAAAUUUGGCAAAACAUCACUUCACCAUUGGCGGGCUGCCCUUCGUCAGAGCACGCUCACUAAUGGCCAAGCUGCCACGAAAGCUAAACGAGGUGGCAAUCGUCUACGAACUGGAUGAAACCGACGAUAGAACGGCCGACGAUCAAGCAAGCAUCGAAGUGCCCUUCUCGGCCAUAAUCGGGCCGAGAAGUUUACAUAUGACCAAUGCCCUCUAUCCUCAUCACAGGUACGAUCCGAAAGCUUUCCUCGACCAUGAAGCGGUUGAGAAGGAGGGUCCGCUGGUGUGUCGAUGGAAGUACUAUAUUCACUACCGAGACUCCAAGGAAAAAAAGGCGCACAGAGCUCAUCACUGGACUUUGGAGCGGGUCAGAGCGGACGAAGUUAAGCGAGAAGAUUUCAAAGUCUCUGAGAAAGACUUGAGAUCAGACUGGCGAGGCGUGACAAUCCGAGGAGGCGCUCAUAUUCCGGAGGCGCAACUCCAAGCGCAUGGACAACCUCCUGAGAAGCAACAGUACACUGUCUUCGACUCAUUCUGCGGCGCUGGCGGCUUCUCAAGAGGCGCCGAGAGGGCAGGCUUGAAGCUGCAGCACGCCGUGGACUCGUGGGAUCGGGCAUGUAAUACCUACCGUCGGAACUUCCCCGCCACGAACCUUUUCGAGAUGACGGUAGACGAGUUUAUAGUAUCCCAGAGGGACGUUGCUAUGCGCGUUGACAUUCUUCACCUGUCCCCGCCGUGUCAGACAUGGUCACCAGCCCACACCGUCGCCGGACAGAACGAUGAAGCAAACAUUGCCGCCUUGUUUGCCUGCAGAAGCCUCGUCGAAAAGGUGCGACCUCGUAUCUUCACGUUGGAACAAACUUUCGGUAUCAUGCAACCAGUCCACGCCCCCUUCUUCUGUUCACUGGUAGGUGGUUUCACCGAAUUCGGCUACUCCAUCACUUGGAAAAUUGUACAUCUUCAGACCUGGGGUCUUCCUCAGGUCCGAAAGAGGCUCAUUAUGAUCGGCUCAUGUCCCGGAGAGAAGUUGCCUCCUUUCCCCAGGGCGACUCAUUCCGAGACGGGAGCCGGCGGCCUCGCUAGAUACGUUACGGUGAGGCAGGCGCUAUCAAAGAUUCGGGUUACCUCGUCCUUCCACAACCCAGAGGACGAGGUGAGAGACACUCUGCCGCUGGGAUCGGUCGUAUCCAACCCCGACGAGAUUCUGAAGAGAUGCGUGACCUGCUCCGGCGGCCAAAAUAUGCACUGGUCCAACACCAGGGCCUACACGGUCCGCGAGUUCGCCAGCCUCCAGGGGUUCCCCGUCUGGCACCAGUUCGCCGAGGCACCCAAGUCCGCCCUCAAGAAGCAGAUUGGUAACGCUUUCCCGGCUUGCGUUGUGAGGCUUCUUUACGAGCACCUGAAGAGCUGGCUUCUGGCAGAGGACGGCUUCGCCCCGCCCCGAGACGCCAGGCGCAGCGUCGGCGGGAGAGAAGUUGUUUUUGUGACCGAGGCGCCGGCGCCGCGCCGUGUUCCUACCCCGGUCGCCGCGAUGCUGCCAUCGCCCUUGCGCAACCAGGGAGACUCGGAGGACAACGCCAUGAUGCUCGAUGAGAAUGACCAGAUCGAGAUCAAGUUCUACGGAGAUUCGGAUGUCGAGAUGGAGGAUGUGCCCGAGGCGCCAAAGACCCCGGAUACCCCCGACACGCCGCUGUCGUACUUCCGGUCCUCGACCCCGAGGACGAUGUCGCUUGGGCCCUCGCCCGAGCCGCCACAGUUUGGAGUCAGAGGCUCGCCCAUAGUGAUUGACUGA